AUGACUAAACCAGUCAAUGUGUAUUCCAUCGGAGAAGUAGCUCAAAGAUUAGAUGAUGAAGUUCCUAUUGUUUUUAAUAGAUUGGGGUAUGAACAAUCUUUUAAAUUGAUUGACAUGAAGUUAUUUAUUGGUUAUUCAAUUGCUACUGUUGCUGGUGUCAGCUUUAUUUUAGAUAAGAAAUUUGGACACAAUAACGUUAUUCAAUAUCAACGUAUCCUUGUCAUAAUAUAUUUCGUUUUAUCGUUUAUAUUUUGGUAUUUCAAAAAAUUUGUGGAAGCUUCUACCCUGUAUAUUGGGAAGAAUAGUAAAGAAAAUACCACCAUAGUAUUCAAGAGAGAUUAUAAAGAAGCUGUUCCAAUAUAUAAAACUGUUUUUAUCCUAAAGGAUCAACAAAACGAAUCGAAGAGUUCAAGCGUUGAGUUGCAGGUUAAUCAUGUUUUCAAUGAAAAAGGCUAUUUACAAACUGAAUUGUUUUUCCAAUGGGUUAAAAAACAAGUAGAAAACAUGGAGUCGAAAAAGGAUUAA